UACCGAAUCUGUGAACGUUCCUGAGGUGGAAUAAAAGAGCUGUCUGAAUCAGCGAGUACUACAGAAGUUAGAACAGGUCUUCAUAAUAUUUAAGGAGAACAGAAGUUCAAUUUGUAAUGGCUGCAACUUCUCCCUGAUCGGAUUCAAUAGAGCAAAUCGAGCAAUCAAGUGUUUGAAAUAGUCCAGAAACCAUUUGGAAAUCUGUUCUACUGAAAAAUAUGACGCAACCAAGAUCAUCCGUGAGUUGGUAGUAAUCACAACUUGACUCAAUCCAUCAUAAGAAGGAUAUUGUAUUUGAUGCAUUCAUCAGUGACGGAAGUCGAGUAUUGGAAGAACAGUACUAGGAGACACAAUGAGCGUUGGCCCUCUCGUGACAGAGAUCUUGUGCGUGUUCGUCCUUGCGGCCUACCUCCUGCACAAAUAUGGAGAUUGGCGUAAGCAGCAUCCUGCCGUUACCUUGGCAACCUUCAUCUCCUGGUAUUUCUCUCUCAUCAUCGUCUUCAUGUUGCCUCUUGAUGUUACAACGACAUUUUAUUUGCAGUGUAUGAAAGAUGCGGAAUCACCGCUGGCGACCCCCGCAUCACCGCCCCUCGAGCGGAUCCCCACGACAGUCCUUCAUGCAAAGCUGACUCAGGUCGGCCACACCGAUGGCCUUCCAAGUACCACUCACCUAACGCUGAAUGAAUCUGUGAUUAAUGGGACAGUGGGAGAGGGUGCUCUUAGGGAUAGAAGGAGCUUGGCAGAAGAACAGUGCAAGAAACCAUGGAGCUAUGUCCCUGAAGACAUACUCCCCAUCAUCUGGAAGAUUGUUUAUUGGACCACCUUCGUGCUGACAUGGCUCAUCAUGCCAUUCAUGAAGUCCUACACACAAGCUGGUGAUUUUACAGUUGCAGGCAAACUGAAAACCAUCAUGGUACAGAACGCCAUCUGGUAUGGCAGUUAUCUCCUCAUAUUUGGUGUUCUUCUCAUCUGCGUGGCGGCCAAACCCGAGCUCCAAUUAAGUGGGCAGCAGCUUCAGAUCAUAGGGAUCACAGCCAGUAACACCUGGGGCCUGUUCCUCCUCAUCCUGCUGCUAGGAUAUGGGUUGGUGGAGGUACCUCGCGAGUACUGGAGGGAGUCGAAGAGGGGUUACAAGCUCCAGCAUACCUACUUCCUACUUGCCAAGCUUAGCACCGAGAAGUCUGAAGCAGAUGAAGACCUAGAAGACGUCCUUGAGGAUAUCCGCAGAGCUUCUGAUGCCGUUCGGUACAACCAUCCCCUCAGAAAAUGUGUGAACACAGUGGUCUCCAAGUGCCCGGACGACUUCCAGGAAUCACUCACCAAGCAUUUAGAUGACUUCCAGGAAUACGGUGAUCAACGUAUCCAGCCACCGUCGGAGAAGGAGUUGGUACGUCUUCACAGUAAAGUGAUAUUUGCCAUGCAAGCCAAACAUCGGGCAGACACUCAAUGGAAAGUCCUCGUCAGGAAGGCAUUCUUUUUAGAAGAUUUACAACGAAACGAAAAAGGAAACACAACACAAUUCCAGCACACUUUUGAUCCCGAGUUCAACUCCCUGGAGCAGUUUGUCUGCACCCCUACAAUAGAGUGGUACUGGCGAGUUUGGUUCCUACCGACAGCCCUGAAGGUGAUAUCCGUGGUCUUGGCUCUCUUCUCUCUCAUGGUCAUCUGGUCAGAGAUGACCUUCUUCAGCAUAAGUCCCGUUCUCUCACUCUUCGCCAUCUUUGUCGACAAGGCCAACGAAAACUACAACUUCCUCUGUAUUGAGGUUCUGUGUAUCCUUAUCAUAGCGUACCUGUGUGUGUGCUCCUACUACACAGUCUUCAAGGUUCGUGUGUUUAAUUUCUACCAUCUUGCAUCCCAUCACCAGACCGAUGAGAGUAGUCUUCUCUUCUGUGGAAUGAUGUUGUGCCGGUUGACUCCUCCCCUUUGUCUGAAUUUCUUGGGUAUGAUCCAUCUUGAUGAUCAUGUGACUGGACAAGAAGAUCUGGUUGAGACAUCUUAUACUCUGAUCAUGGGGCGUCACAUCGACGUGCUCCCCUUCAUGGCAUCUGGCUUCUACAUCUACUACCCAAUCCUGGUUGCUUUACUCUGCCUAGCUACUUACUUUGACCUUGGCAGCCGGUGUCUGUCGUGCCUUGGCUUUCAGCAGUUUGUGGGUGAUGAUGACAUGACCAAAGAUCUUGUAGAUGAGGGGAGGGAGCUCAUGAAAAGAGAGAAAAGAAAGAAGGAGCGAGCUGCCCACAGUGAGGAGAGGAAGAAAACCUUUUCAAAAUUCAAUUUACAAGACAACGCCGAAGCUAACCGCAAUAGUCGCCGCUUCAACAACCGAGGGGGGUCAGGGACGGACAGUGACACGGGACACGGCAAUUACAGCUCGUCAUCAACAAAAGCUAAAUUCACAAGACACAAAAACCGAGCUGAAGACAAAGUUGAGAUCAUGAGAGAUGAAGAGCCAGUGGAUUAUAAUGAGGAAAAUGCCUCCCAGUUUGUGGAUCAGCUCGAUGAGUAUUCCAGAGGAGGUAAGGCAAGCAAUGGCAGAGUAGGACCCCCUAGGCGUGGACCAAACUUCAGCUCUAAUACAAAACCUAAGAAUAUAUUUGAUGAUGUUUGAAAUAUUGUCCCGGUGUAAUCAAGCCCAUUGUUAAUACAAGUACGCUGUUUUACCAGAUUGAGUAGCCAUUCUAUGGAUAAAUUUUUCCAAUAUUGAAAUCGAAGUGAAGCAAAGCUGUAAUAUCCUUAUGCUAAUUUAUGGUAUACAGUAGGCACAUGUAUCAUUGCCAGAAAAAUAAUGCUAUUUUUCCUCAAGCCUGUAAAAAAAUAAUAAGAGUAUUAUGUUACCCUUAGGUAAUGCCAUUAGAUAUUCACUUGUUCAGACAAUGAUAGAACGAGCAAACUUUUGUUUUUAUGCUUUGUGAGUUUAUAUAAAUAGAUUGUUAUUAGCCUAAACAGGGUAAACUUUGUUAUUGACUUAAGGAUAAGACUUGAAAGAAAAAUAAUGUAUAUUUUGUUUUGGUUCUUAUAAAUUAGCGGGGUAGCUAUUACCCAGUCUGGGGCCCGUUGCAGAAAGAGUUGCAAUCAAUCGCAACUCUAAAAAUCAGGCGCAACUUGAUUUUCAACCAAUCAAAAGCGCGUAUUUGGGACUUGCGAUUGAUUUUUUGGCUUGCGGUUUAAUAAACGCAACUCUUUCUGCAACGGGCCCCUGCUGUGCGAACCCUUCCCUUGAGUAAAGGGGUCUGAAUGCAAAGCCUACAGUGACUUGUGUACUGAAGGCCCUCUCACUCAGGCAAGUUUUAUAAUGCUAGUCUUUGUGUGAAGACCCACUUGUUGAUAAAUGUUUCAAUCAAGGUCUCUGCCUGCAGACUAGCUAUCACCAUGCCAUGGUUACAUUCAUCUGUUCUAUCCUGUAUCAUGUCAAAAGUAUUAUUGUACAUGUACAUUAAUAUGAUUGUUGCUCCUAAAUAGGUCUGAAUUGGAUUUCAUUGUGCCACUUGAUUUGUAUCACAUAUUUUUUUUAAAGAUUAUUUAAAAACAUCUCUAUGAACUGCCAAAUACUCUAAUCUGAAAGAGACUAGCUUUUUUAAAAAGGUUUUGAAGAGUGGUAAGGGGAUUAUGACCCUUUCCUAAUAACUAGGGCCUUGUUUCACAGAACUUGUUAUAA